AUGAUUAUUUUGGGAGAGAUAGCCAUUCUGCUGACCAGGCUGGUGUCACAAAGGGUGCAGAGAAUGAGCGGAAAACGAACAACAUUUGGCAGAGCACUGAUAAAAAUGGUAGAUCUCACCAGCAGUGCCGUGAACUCAACAACAGAGGAUUCGGUUCAGAACACCAUCAUACAGACAGAAAGUACUCGAACAUCUGGCCAUGACAGUGCUGUACAACAACUACAACAAUCAAGAGUGGAGCCACCUGUGGUAAACAGUGUGGCCAUUGCUUCUUCGGCCGCAGUGGACAAUACAAGUGACUUCUUUCGGGAGUCUGGUCUUACCAGGGAGACAUUAAGCCCAGGCUACAAUGUGAUAACGGAGACAUCGAGCUACAUGAAGAGAGUUGUAGAGGAGACGGAAACAGUCACAACUGGCUAA